UCCUGCGGAGGAGCCUAGGAUGGGAAGCACUGGCGCGUGGAUGAAAAAACCAACCAAGGAUUCGUGAAAGAAACCGGAAUAGAAAGAAUUAAAUUGUUUUGUAAUGGGAUGGAGUUAUUUGCGCAAAAUCACCGACUCAAAUAAGGAAGCCAACACAUUCACAAAUGUUAAGUAUGCGGUAAAACGUCAGCGAAACGGUUUUAUCGGCUUGCGGAAAUAAAUGUUUAUUGACUAAAGCUGGCCUACUCCCAAUUUUUCUUGCAAAUUCAUUGCAGCAGAUUAAAUUAAAAUGUUAUUGAUGAUGAAGAAACUUGUCUCAUUUCAAUGAAUGAAUAUGUACAAGAAUCAAAAGUCUUUUGAAUGGGUGCAUAUUGCCCUGAAACGCUUCAAAACCCAGUUACCAUGCUAUGGGGAUCAAAGCUGCUUGCAAUCAGAGCAGUCAAUAAGUCUUGUGCGCCAAAGUCUUAUCAACCUUUCACAACACCAAUUUACUGCCAUUGUCACAGCUUUGACAACCUACAUCAAAGAUGUCAACUAUUUGCAUUCUCAGUCAUCUGAACAGCAAGAAAGAAUGUGUCUCUCAAACAUAAUUGUUUUGGAAACAAUCCUACAAUGCUUCAAAAAACAUGUGAAUUGCAAUGCCGCAAUGUCGGAUGAUGUUGUUUCCAAGCAGCUCUUGCCAACUUUUUGUCCUUUUGCCCUUCAACAAGAAGCUGCUGGUCAUUACAAAAAGAUGUAUGAACUUAGUGGAAGUAUCUUGUCUAAAAUCAGCCAGUUUCAUUUCACUGCAGUUUUCAAUAGAGUUAUGACUAGGAUUACACACUUGGCUGAGGCAGGAGAAGAUGGCACAUCAACAGUGGAUGACAUCGUCUUGAUGAAAUUUCUUCAUGUUAACAGGAAAUCAUUGGUAACAGUUCUGAGUGAGGUUGUAAAAUUUUUCAAACUGCUCAAGAAGCAUUCGCAGCUGUCCCUGCUGAAAUCUCUUGACAAGAUGAUCUGGAACUGGAUUGAGAAUUACCCUGAGCAAUUUGGAGCUUUGUACAGGGAACAACAAACCCAGCUUUCGGAUGUCAGUGACAAGUUGUUUGUCGUUGUUGAUGUUUUCUCUGAAUCUUCAAAGAAGCGCUCGGCAACUUGGCCUGUUCAAGUGAUGGUGCUUCUGUUGUGUCAGCAAUCUGUUCGAGAAGCGGCUGGUAAUGGUGAGCUCUCGAAAGGGCAGAAUUAUCUAAAGAGAACAUUUCUGGACAACCUGAAGAAGGCCCUGGUAAGCGGCAAAGCUACUGCCGAAAGCUCAGUCAUUGCGUGUGUUCAACUUUGCAAAGCAUCUACUUAUAUAAACAGGGAGGAUAACGUCGUGUGCUUCCUGGUCGCGGAGGUUCUCAACGAGCUUAAGUCCCUGCUGUUCAAUUCCUCAAGGACGUUUACAUUCUCCCAAAGCGUCUCGGUUGUUGAUAUCAUGACAGACUGCUUUGUUGCCAGUUUUCGCAUCAAUUUUCGUAACAAUCAGCAUUUCGAAGUUUGCUUCCAAAUCGACGCCCCAUUGACUUUCCAGCUGUCCCUGGUGAAGGGCCUUUACCGUAUCGUCAAAGAGAAACCGUUAAGGUGGUGGCCCAAAGUGGAAGUAUUGUACAGCAAGGCAAAUCAGCUACGAGCUUUGUUUCAGGCCUCGAUUAAAAAGGUGACAAUGGCAGAUGGGCAGGCAACAAAAUCUUCGCAUCGCUCAUCGAUGAUGAAAAUCAAAGACCGGAGGAAAGACGACGAGGCUAGUCAGUUGCAAAAGGAGGCCCAGUUGUUGCUGUGGCUCGUGAAGCUGUUUAAUGCAGACCCAAUGCUCGCUUUGCACAAUCCAGAGAGAGCUGGCCACGAGAUCCAAGCCAGCUCCAUGCAGUUUAUGGACGGUUUAGUUUCUGUUGCAAUGUGCGACAAUAUUCCUGACGUAGCUGCGGAGGCAGCAGAGACAUUGAUAUGUUUGCACUCAACGGACAAUGUUGAAUUGUGGAACCCUGAAGCCCCGAUUGCCACAUUUUGGGAGAUCAGCUCCCAUGUGAUUUGCAACAUUGCCGAAAAACUUCAACAGGAAAAGAUAUCUAAUCAAUUGAGCAAAAUGAAAUGGCUUCAGCAACUUCUAAGAAAGAGAGUCCAAUUUCUCAGAAAACACAAGGAGCAAGCGGCCAUCGGUACUCACAUAUCCGUUUGCGCUAAAGCAAUAUCGAAACUCGAGGUGAUAUUUCUAAUGUCGCUGUGGAGCUCGGAACAGAACUUAGUGCUUUUGUCGAUGGAAUGUUUUGCCUUGCUAAACGAGGAGGCUAGCCUCGUGAUGACGCUGGAUGGCAACAACCAGAUACAUCCUCCUCCGCUGUACACCGUGUAUUAUAAAUUUGGCCACGAAAGUCAGCAGGUGACUACUGGUCGGGCAGCAUUGCAGAAAAGGGUCAUGGGUAUUUUGAGACAGGUGAACGUAGCAACUGCAGGAAAUCUCGAGGCCUGGGAAUUGACACUGAAUCGCUGGCAUAAGUUGACACAAGCCUUAGUCCAUUAUCCUGUGAAAGAAUUUCCUCCAGUCGAGCCUUGUAAAAUGACGGGCCUUAAGAAGACUGGGUCGGGUGUUUUUCCGCAACUACCAAGUGACCUUCUCGAAAUGUAUCUUGCUGAGUGGACAAACAUGACUGGUUUCUUAUGCUCUCUUGGGGGAAUUCACGAAGAAAAUGAACCAGGACCUUUGGCAAGGACAUCAAGCAUCGUGAUACAGAAGUCAUUUACAAGUGGCAACUUCGCGCCGACUUUGGCAGAAACCUUGCCAGAUUCCCCUGUAAACAGGUUCAUUAGCCAGUUGCUCACACUUCUGGUUUGUCAAAACGAGCAAACAGCUCUUCAGGUUCGAAGUGGUGUCAAGGAAUCCCUUGGAGUCGACUUGAGUCCUGCUCUAUUCAGAUCUUUUUUCACUUUGACAAAGGCAACGAAGCACUGUUUUUUCCCAGAGGGACAGGUUGAAAUCAACGAAUCGAACACAGUCUACAUCGAACAAAUAAUUUACAUUUUUAAAAGCAUGCUGGAUGCUAAGUCAGAUCAAGUUACUCUCAUGUUAGGCUACAUGCCAACAGAGGAAUUGAUUUUGCCAAUUAUAAAGUAUGUAAGGGCACUUCCGGUCACAGUCCAGAGCCUCAUCAUCAAAUCGAAGCUGUGCCAGCUCGUUGAAAGUAUCAUGGCACGACGGGUGGAUUUAGCUUUUCGCCAGGAAAUGAAAUUUAGAAACAAAUUGGUUGAUUACAUCACCGAAUGGGUUUUACAUGCGUCCACAGAAAUAGAAGAAGUUGCUCCAGAAAUUCUUGCAAUCUCCUGGACAUUAGAUGAAGCAGCGAUGAAAGCAAUUGUGGCACUGCUGAAAAGCUUGCCUUUGCAACCAGAAAAUGUGGAGUCAGAUAUCACUGAGGCAAAAUCAUCCUUAUUUCUUAAGUACUUCACGCUGUUCAUGAACAUUCUCAACAAAUGCUACGAAGGCCACGACGAAGGCUCGGUGAGACCUGGUGUCCCUGUGCCGCAUUUUAUCAACCUGCGAGGGAGCACGGUCCAAGCGAUGUCAAACAUGCUCAGCGCAAACAUUGACAGCGGUCUUAUGCAUUCUAUAGGUCUUGGUUACCACGAAGACCCCCAAACGAGGUCAACCUUCAUGGAAGUACUGACGGAUAUCCUGAAGCAGGGGACGGAGUUUGAAAAUCUUGCUGACACUGUCCUGGAGGAUAGGUUUGAAAGGCUUAUUGGUUUAGUCACGUGGUUAAGUGAGGAUGGGGAUCUGCCAAUCGCAAUGGCUCUUGCGAAUGUUGUCCAAUCAGAGCAGCUGGAUGACUUAACUCAAGUUUUUGUUAAUGUUUUCGACUCUAAGAGCAUGUUGUCCGAGCUGCUGACAAAUCUUUUUCGGCAAGAGGUAGAAUUGGCAGAGGGCAUGCAGACCUUGUUUCGAGGCAACAGCCUGGCAAGCAAGGCAAUGGCAUACGCAUUCAAGCUCUACGGCUGUGGGUAUCUACAGGAGCUGUUGUCACCUUGCAUGGCGAUUAUGGUCCACGAGAAAGAGAAGUCGUACGAGGUGGACCCAACCAGAAUUGAAAAUGGUGAUGAUAUAGAGGCCAACACGAACUCAGUUCUAACUUUGGUGAAGAUGCUUGUUAAUCAACUGAUUGAAACUAAAGAAAGUUUCCCGGAAAAGCUGACAUGUCUUUGCCACUGCUUAAACAAGGCCGUCCAGGAACGAUUUCCAUCGGAAACUUACGUCGCUGUUUCAAGCGCUGUCUUCCUCAGAUUUCUCAACCCAGCAAUAGUGUCUCCACAUACAUUUGGAUUUCUCGAACAUCCUCCGUCAGAUAAAAUGCGUAGAGGCCUGCGGUACAUCUCCAAGAUUCUGCAGAAUUUAGCAAACCAGAUACUAUUCACAAAGGAGCCGCAUAUGGAAGUUUUUAAUAACUUUUUGACAGACCAUUUUGAGAAAGUGCACGGGUUUUUCGCCGCGCUUUCGGCAAAUUCCCUGGAGACCACGGCCCAAGUCGACAUCGAGUACUCCAUGUUUAAUGACUACGAUAUCGCUGCACUUCACAAACUUUUGUGGGCAAAACAAGAGAAUAUCGGACAAUAUUUGUCGGUGAACAGAGACUACAAAUCUGUAGGCAGAGGUCCUUUUGAAAGACUGGUGACACUUCUUGCUCAUUUGGGACCGCCGGACCAUCAGCCUUCCAAGCUUCAAAAGGGAACUUUAUGGCAUCGAACAAGCAGCAUGGGUUCAAAAUUCCGAGAGUUCAUGAUGAAACACGCAGGGCAAAACAACGAUGAGCUGCAGGCAAUUAAAUCGCUUCAACUAUUCUACCAGGAGGGAAAGUCCAAAGCUGGAAAUCCUGUUUUCUAUUUUGUUGCCAGAAGAUACAGAGCCGACCAAAUUAACGACGAAAUCCUUAUCUACCACGUGUUCUUAACACUCCAACCAGUAUACGGCCAAUCAUGGGAAGUCAUCUUCGAUUUCACUCACACAGGGCCAGAUAACAGAUUCAAGCCGGAAACCUUGGCAAAGGCUUUCGCUGUGCUCCCAGAAGCACAAUUCAAAAGCUUGUCAGUAAUAUAUGUAUACAACGUGAAUAGCAGCGUGCGCCAAUUUGUUAAAGUCCACGAACGCACACUCGCUCCCUUCAAGGGAAAAUCAAACGUGCUUUUAAUCGACUCUUUGAAUCGCUUCUAUGACUACCUGGCACAGGAUGAGCUCAAGCUCCCCAAUUCAACAACUUCUUUAGAAGACGACCUAAAAGUUUUCUCGGCUCAGCGAAUCAACAAAGGAACUGUUUUUAUCAAGGUCGGACCAACUUCAGUGCAGAUACAAGCAGCAGAAAAAGCGAAAGUUCUUGGUUAUACUUGUUCUGUGAACGACGUGUUUUAUGCAUCAGAAAUUGAACAGGCCUACUUUCAAGAAGAUCUUCUAGAACUGCAUUUUUCAAUUGGAGGACCUGGUCUCCGGUUUAUUAGCGCAAGUGCGGAACAAAUAACAGUUGCUGUGAACCGAGUCAUGUCAAGGUGGAAACUUUCUCAACCGGGUUCCAAAACAUCGGCAGCUGAAAAGAAAAUUCGGCCUAAAGAUGUCCCAGGAACACUGCUCAAUAUGGCCCUGUUGAACCUUGGAAGCAAAGACCCAAGCCUGCGUUUAGUUGCAUAUAAUUUGCUCUGCGCAUUGACAGCUACUUUCAACCUGCACGUAGAGGAACGACUUCUAGAAGCAAGAGGACUAUGUAUCCCAGCAAACAACACGAUGUUUAUAAAAAGUAUAAGCGAACAGUUGGCGAAGCGAGAGCCCAAUAUGACAUUAGAGUUCUUGGAUGAAUGCAUAAAUGGUUUUAGUUUAUCAGACUUUGAACUGAAGCACCUCUGCCUAGAAUAUAUGGCCCCGUGGUUGCCGAAUUUAACAAAGUUUUGCAAGUGCGUUUCUGAUGACCCUUCGCGAACAAAACUUUGUCAAAUUUUGGACAAACUAAUUCAGAUGACAAUCAAAGAGCGACAGAUGAACCCGUCGAUCCAGGCGAAAGUUUGGGGUAAUAUUGGAAAGCUUCCAGAAUUGUUGGAUGUCGUUCUGGACAGUUUUAUCAAGACCAGUGCAACAGGCGGCCUGGGGUCCUUAAAGGCAGAAGUUAUGGCAGAUACCGCUGUGGCAUUAGCUGCUGCCAAUGUCCCUUUGGUUUCCAGCAAAAUCAUAAAACGGCUAAACACGGUCCUUGGUCGAACCAGCAUGUCACCAACGGGAAGCUUAGAGCGUCACUUGAUGUGGGAUGACAUCGCUAUUCUUGCAAGAUAUCUCCUUAUGCUGUCAUUCAAUAAUUGUUUGGAUGUGGCCAAUCAUCUGCCAGAGAUCUUCCACGUGAUCACUUUGCUUGUAUCAACUGGACCCCUGUCUCUAAAAGCCUCCAUUCAUGGGCUGGUCAUCAAUUCCUUGCAGUCACUGCUCACGUGCUCAGGAAUCCAUUUCAAAGGCAGAACACAGAAGUUGCUUAAAGCUAGACUGGAAGAUUUUUCCGAGCAAAAAUACUAUCUUUUAUUCGGAAUCUCUAAGGUGAAGUCAGCUCCUGCGAAGGCAUUCCAAUCGUCCUUUGGUCGCAGCCGAAGUCGUACGUUCAAUGCAGAAUCGGAGGAUGACGGAAUUUCCAUGUCAGCCCUGGAAACGAUUGUAGAAUCAUUGCUUGAGAUUAUGGAGGCGUGUGCUAUGGACAUCCCUAACUGCAACUGGGUUCGGCGGUGGCACGAAUUGGCUCUUGGAUUCGCGUAUACCCACAAUCCCGCACUGCAGUCUCGUUCCAUCAUUGUCCUUGGCUGCAUAAGCAAGGAAGUUGACGACACGUUUAUUAGAAGUUUGCUGCAAGUUUUAGUCAAGGCUGUCGGGGUUUACAAUGAAAAUCGCCUGAUCGAAUCAGUGAUAAUGUGCUUGGCAAAGCUUCAACCAUUAUUGCCGCAGGGAUCAAGGUACCACAGAGGACUCUUCUGGAUUGCUGUUGGAAUUUUGCAGUUGGCAGAACUUACCCUGUAUCCAUGUGGCCUAAUUUUGUUGGAAAGAUCCAUCAUGACUCUUGAUAGUCACGGAGAUUUCGACAAAGAGAGUCUAAGUGAUGUUUUGAUGGCUGUACGAACCAAUGGAACGCUGGAUUGGGUUUGCAAGCAGAUGGAUCAUGUUGUUGGUCUCAGCUUUAAUACGGACUUCAAUUUCGCUUUGGCCACCCAUGUAUUGAAAGGCCUUCGACACCCUUGGGCAAAAACCAAAUCUUUGACUGUUAGAAUCAUGAACCUACUCCUUGAUUCAUGCAGAAAACGAAAAAACUGCAAAGACAAAUUUGUUGUCAGCAAAGAGACUGUUCCGUACCUUGCCGGUUUGCUUCCAAUUUCAAACGAAGUGAGAACCCGCCUGCACGCAAGCAACAGGGCAUCGACCUACUUCAAAACGAUUUCCAAGAAUCCACUGUGCAGCUCUAUGGAAGACAUCGCGGCCUCGUGUACACCAGAUAUUUCCAUCGUAAUUUCGCCCCCGGCGGAGAUCACAGAUCGGCUUAAUGAGUUCGUGUGGCCUUCAGAUUGUCACAAUUUGUUGCUCGAUCCAAGUAUUUUGGAUGACAAUGCGUCAAAAGCUCUUUUGCUAGUCUUGCUGGCUACACUGACUGAGUUCACAACUGACGAUGCAGAAUUGCGUAUUUUAUAUGGAGUAUUAGCUGAGGCCAGCAUUCUUUUCCCUGAGGUCUUCCCAGUCACGUUUUCAAUCCUCAAUCGUAAGCUCUGCAAUGUCUUGAGCCAUAGCGAUGACCCAAUAACCUUGGCUGCUGUGCACACCAUUGUUCAGUCUACCUCUGCAAGCUCGCGUAUCGAAGCAACCAUCGACUUGGAAUAUCUUGGCACUUGCAGCUUUUCUGGAUUGCACACAUUCUUAGGACCAUUCCCGGAGACGCAUGACCAAGCUAUUGCUCCGCACAUGUUUUCGAGGUUAAUCAAUGCCUUCGUCGAGGAAUAUAGGCCCAACUCCUUUUCGCCAGAUAUGCGAUCCAAUUCAGCACUGUUCUUUCAACCAAACAAAAUCCGUGAUGACGGCGCUAUAGUUGCAAGCUCCUCCUCACUCAGUGCUAUCCCAAGUCUGAGCGAAAUGAGGCGCAAUUCCUCUUUUCAGCGGUCAGGCUCGUUGAAACCUUCGCAGAGGACUAGCCCGAGAAAAAGCCAAAAGGAAAGAGAAAGUUGCCUGCCUGUUAAAAGGUGACCAAUUAUUUUUCAUGCUAGCUUUGUUUUUGAUUAUGAUUGUUAUGACAACGAGAAAAGCGCUCUCUAAAGAAGUGAUUCUUGUACCUAUGAUAUGCACCAACGGCAGUUUUCUGGUGGACCCAUGUAAAGGCUACAGUGGAGGUAGGUCACUGAAGGUAUGCCAGCCGACCUGUGUCACUGAACGUAUCUCAGUUGACUUGUGUCACCGAACGUAUCGUUGACGCAUGUCACAGAUGCCUGUCAGUGUUCAAACAGAAACAGUCUGGAAUGGCUUCUCCUUCAAAAAAACUGCGUAACUCUCAUUCGUAAAGCAAUUAUGUUGUAAUUAAGUUCCAAUUUUAUUUGAAUUUUAAGAAAUAGGUGCUCUUUGUUGGAAUGGACGUUCUACUUUUGACACCACAAUGCAGUCAGUAGGAAAAGGAUAGUCCUGGGUAUUAGACGAUAAUUUUUUUACUCUGAAGAUUAAGCCUACACCUUGGACAAUUUUCUAUGAUAAAUGUUACUUGUUGGACAUCAAAUAAUCCCUUGCUUAGAAACCAUCAGCUCAGUUUGCAGGAAAGCAAUUUUGAAUUCCUAAUGCUUCAGAGCUUUUUCAUCUGAAGGCCUUUUUAAAGAUAUCGUAUUCAAUCUGCAAGAAAAUAGUGUAUGUACCCGUUUACUUGAUCUGAAAAUAUCAAAUACCCUUCAAACUGGUAGAGUUAGGAUUGUUUGCGAAUAUAAUCCAUCGAGUAUUCAUUUAACACCUUUGGUCUAUUUUCAGUUGUAUUUUGCUGUUAUGUUCAUCCAUCCAAACAAUUAGAUUAAUACAAUCAAGUUUGCUAUCCACUUUCGUAGUUCAUCCAUUGUACCUUCACAUAAUCACCCAUCACGCGUCAAAUGUGUGGUUAAUUUUCUAGGAACAUUUACAAUAUGUAAAUUUUGUAUGUCUUGUUAGAUUUCUAGUUUAUAUUUUGUAAAAUAAAUUUCAAAUUCAAUAUUUCGAAAAUAAUGCAUCAAUUCAUUAAUGGCUUAAAACAUAUUUUAGAUUCAGUCAAAUAUUGGUUUUAGAUUGUCGACUUUGUAAAUAUGCAGUCAUUUGAUUAAUAUAUAUGAAUAUAUGUAUAAAUAUGUAAAUCGAUGUAUGCCAAGGCAUAACUUGGUUUUUUGUCAACGCCUCUUUGCCUUUAUAGUCAUGAUUUUAUAAAUUUCAUUUCCA